AUGACAACUCCUGCUCCAGAUGCUGAUAACUUUGAUCAGUUUGAUGAAGAAGAAACCGAACAACAAUUGGGAGCGACUGCAUCGGGACGCAAAAGGCUUUUCAGUAAAGAAUUAAGAUGUAUGAUGUACGGGUUUGGCGAUGAUCAAAAUCCGUACACAGAAAGUGUAGACUUUUUGGAGGAUUUAGUUAUUGAAUUUAUUACGGAAACUACACACAGAGCAAUGGAGGUCGGGCGCACUGGGCGAGUCCAAGUAGAAGACAUCAUAUUUUUAGUUAGAAAAGAUCAGCGUAAAUAUGCUCGUGUUAAAGAUCUACUGACAAUGAAUGAAGAACUUAAGAAAGCAAGGAAAGCUUUUGAUGAAGUUAAAUAUGUUGAAGACCAGCAAUAA